AAAAACUCGCACAAGGCCUUCUAUUCUGUUGAUCCUAUAUAAUCAUUUGCAUGUAAUUAAACAAAAAAUAUCCUUUAGGUCAACAGAUUUCUCAUUUCUCUUUCAAAUUUCAAAGUUCUUGUAGUCCAGGGUGCAAUAAGACAUCAUCAAAUAUGUUAACAAGAAAAAUGACAUCGUCAAAUACAUAGUACUACAAGAAUAUGAAUGCCACAACUUUUGCUCAUCUCAACCCCACACCCCAACCACCACUUCCGUAUCACCCCAACCCCUCUUUGUUUUUUUCUGAAAAUUCCACACAAACACGGUUCCUUCCUUAAACACGGUCGAUGCUACAUUGCAUAUCUCUCUGCUUUCUCAUGACUUAGUAUUAAAUUAUAGUAGCAUGUAAAGAGAAGUUAGAAAUUUAUUUUUAUUUCUUACUUUUUACAAAGUAAUUUUUCUAAUGGACUAAUUAUUUUGUUGUACUCGCUAUGACCAAACCCAAAAAAUUGCUUGGUAAUUUUUUGAAACCAUUUUUCUCAAGUUCAAAUAAAGGGAAAAAUGAGGAGGACUUAGAGAAAAUUGCUGCACAAGAACAGAAGCAAUUUCCUUUUGAAGUUCUUGUUUCUGCAACCAAAGAUUUUCAUCCAGAUAACAAGCUUGGUGAAGGUGGAUUUGGCCCUGUUUUCAAGGGACAAUUGAGUGAUGGGAGGCAAAUAGCUGUGAAGAAGCUUUCACAUAGUUCAAGCCAAGGAAUGAAGGAAUUCAAGAAUGAAGCUAAGUUGUUGGCUCGUGUACAACACAGAAAUGUGGUGAAUUUGUUAGGCUACUGUGCAUAUGGGGUAGAGAAGCUGCUUGUCUAUGAGUAUGUUGCUAAUGAGAGCCUUGACAAAAUCCUCUUCAAAUCUGCUAAGAGAGAUGCACUCAGCUGGAAGCAACGGCAUGACAUAAUUAUCGGCGUUGCUAGAGGGUUGCUAUACCUUCAUGAAGGUUCACAUGCUUGCAUUAUACACCGUGACAUCAAAGCUAGCAAUAUCCUACUUGAUGACAAAUGGGUGCCCAAGAUUGCUGAUUUUGGAAUGGCUCGACUGUAUCCUGAAGAUCAAACACAUGUUAACACCCGUGUAGCUGGUACAAAUGGCUAUAUGGCACCAGAGUAUGUUAUGUAUGGACAUCUGUCAGUGAAGGCUGAUGUAUUCAGUUUCGGUGUUGUAGUUCUGGAGCUCAUAAGUGGCCAGAAGAAUUCAGCCUUUAACAGAGAUCCCGAUUCUCGAAGCCUUAUUGAAUGGGCGUACAAGCUUUACAAGAAGGGUCGAAGCUGGGAGAUUAUGGACCCUGCACUGGCACAAUCGGCUAUCCCUGACGAGAUAGCAAUGUACGUACAGAUUGGCUUAUUAUGCACGCAAUCUGAUCCGCCACUACGACCAACCAUGCAACAGGUUGUGGUUAUGCUGUCAAAGAGUCCUGGAUCUCUUGAUAAAGAACCAACAAGACCUGGAUAUCCUGGUUCAAGAAUUAGAUCUCGUAGACCAGGUGGUACGUCUCAUACAGCUGGAACGUCGGGUGCAUCCAAUCCUUCUACAUUCAGCUCCUCGUCCAUUAGCAACACUGUUAGUGCAACUGCAACCGGAAGCUCAUCCACACCUACAACACGGAGAUCAGACCCUCAUGGAAAACGUCCUGUGAGAGAUUAGGCACAUUGUUAUUGGAGAUUUUUAUUAUUCUUGUGUGUAUAUAUUCAAUUUUUGUAGCAUGUAUAUUGUUUACAGAGAGAUUAAUGAUUAUGAUGAAUCUUAACGACAAUUUAACAUGUAAAAAUAUCUACAGAUAUAGGGCUCAUUUUUAGUUUCUAGAGGAAAUAGUAGUGUCUUGCAUAAAGAAUGUUAGCUUUGUCAUGUUUUGUUUCCAAUGGCUAUUGUAUACUUCUAUAUCAGAUUCUAAGAUGGUACUUCUUCCGUCGCA